AUGCAAUUCCUCGCUCCGUCUAUGCAGAAAGAAGUCAUGACGUCCAAGAACCACCAGAGACCGCCCUUCCGCGCGGAGCACAUGGGCUCGCUCCUGCGGCCCAAGGCUCUGACCGAUAAACGCGUCGCGCUGGACGGGAAGAAGGCCGUCGAGAUAGCCGACGACGACGAGCUUAACCGCCUCGAGGAGGAGGGCGUGCGCGAAAUCAUCAAGACGCAGCUGGACCUCGGCUUUCAUGCCAUCAAUGACGGCGAGUACCGCCGUCACCAGUUCUGGGGUAACUUCUUUCCUGGCCUGGAGGGGUUUGAGGAGGUCGAUACACCGAGCUGGGAUAUCUUUCGCAUGUACGUGCCAGAUAUUGCGGCUUUCAUUGAGAGCGACCAUAAGCCUGGCGAGUCCAUCGUCUGCACUGGCAAGAUUAAGCACAAGGGAAGCACCUAUCUGAGAGAAUGGGAGUUCCUCAAGAGCAACAUCCCUCCGGACAGCGUCAAGGAGGCUAAGCUGACCUUGCCCGCGCCCGAGUGGUAUCACCUCCGGUACCAAAAGGGGCACGCGUAUCCCAAGGACGUCUACGCCAACGACGAGGAGUACUUCGCCGACAUCGCAAAGGCGUACCGCACCGAACUCGAAGUUCUCUACGACCACGGCGUACGCAAUGUCACAAUCGACGACCCCAACUUGGCUUACUUCUGCUCGGAAAAGAUGCUCCAGGGUUUCAAAGACGCGGGCGAAGAUUCGGACGCCCUGUUGCAGUCCUACAUCACGCUCUACAACGACGCCAUCAGCUCGCGCCCCGCCGACAUGCACCUCGGCAUCCACCUCUGCCGCGGCAACUUUGCCUACUCUCGGCACUUCUCUGAGGGCGGCUACGACCGCAUCGCAUCCCGCCUGUUCAACGAGAUCAACGCCGACACCUACUUCCUCGAGUACGACACCGACCGCGCUGGCGGGUUCGGGCCCCUGAGGGAGCUGCCCGCGCAUAAGAACGUCGUGUUGGGCGUCAUCACGUCCAAGUUCCCCGAGCUCGAAGACAUUGAAAAGUUGAGGGAGCGCGUGUACCAGGCUGCCGACUUUGUCGCCCAGGGCGCCGGACAGACGCGCGAGGAGGCGUUGAAGAGGAUUGGCGUCAGUCCACAGUGCGGGUUUGCGAGUCAUCACUUGGGCAACUCGGUCUCGCACCAGGAUAUGGUUAAUAAGUUAAAGCUGGUGAGGCAGCUGGCCGACUCCAUCUGGCCCGGCGAGCCUUGA